UUGUAUUCAUACACUAUAGUGCACAUGUGUGCAGGCAGGGGUUGAACCAUAGAGAACCGUCCGAUAAGACGAGGAAAUUUUGGGAAACUGGGGGCUGACUGGGAAUUGGUGAGUUAUUCUACAACUGUGAACAAAAACAUUUGAACGUCUUCACCAUGGAUCUCGUAGCAAUUCUAGAAGCAACAGUGUCGCCAGACAAGACAGCGCUUGAAAAUGCGCUCAAAGCACUGGAAGGUGCUGCCCAAUCAAACCUGGCAGAGUUUUUGAUGGCGCUAUCCACAGUACUGGCCGAUGCAGGAAAAAGCCAAGUUGCCAGAAUGGCAGCUGGUCUGCAGGUGAAAAAUGCUUUGACAUCCAAAGAUCCCCUCAUUAAAGUUCAACACCAACAAAGAUGGUUGACUCUGGAUGGAGAACUGCGAAAAAACAUCAAGGGCCUGGUUCUACAAACCUUAGGAACAGAGAUCCAGAGACCAAGUUCAGCUGCACAGUGUGUUGCUUGUAUCGCGUGUGCCGAAUUACCGAACCAAUGGGACGAUUUGAUUCCAGAUGGUGAGCGUCAUUUUAUUAUGCAGGUUGUUUGUGAGGCAACUCAGUGUCCGGAUACCCAGGUCAGAGUGGCUGCUUUGCAGUGUUUAGUCAAAAUCAUGUCUUUAUACUAUCAGUAUAUGGAGACGUAUAUGGGCCCUGCCCUGUUUGCUAUUACAGUAGAAGCCAUGAAAAGUGAUCAAGAUGAAGUAGCUUUACAAGGUGUGGAGUUCUGGUCCACAGUGUGUGAUGAAGAAAUGGACUUGGCCAUUGAAGCUUCUGAGGCUGCUGAACAAGGUCGUCCACCAGAGCAUUGUAGUAGGUUCUAUGCUAAGGGUGCUCUCCAGUACUUGAUACCAUUGUUACUACAAACUUUAACAAAACAGGAAGAGCAUGAUGAUGACGAUGAAUGGAAUCCUUGUAAAGCUGCUGGUGUGUGUUUAAUGCUGUUAUCAACAUGCUGUGAAGAUGACAUUGUACAUCAUAUUUUACCAUUUGUCAAAGACAAUAUCAAACAUGCUGAUUGGCACUAUAGGGAAGCCUCAGUUAUGGCAUUUGGCUCCAUACUGGAAGGCCCUGAACCAAAUAUUUUAAAACCUUUAGUCGUUCAGGCCAUGCCUGUUCUGAUAGAACUACUCAAAGAUGAGAGCGUUGUUGUAAGAGAUACAACGGCGUGGACUGUAGGACGUAUUUGUGAAUUACUACCAGAGGCAGUUAUUGAUGACGCAUAUUUAAAUCCAUUGUUGGAAGCGUUAGCUGAAGGUCUUGCUGCUGAACCGAGAGUUGCUUCCAAUGUUUGCUGGGCAAUUUCCAGUCUAGCAGAGGCUGCGUAUGAAGCAGCAACGAUUCCAGAGGACGCUGAUGAACCGCCCACAUACUGCCUGAGUGCAGCUUUUGAUAAUAUUGUACAAAAUUUGCUAGCUACUACAGAUAGAAUUGACGCUCACCAAUGUAAUUUAAGAAGUGCUGCCUAUGAAGCGUUAAUGGAACUUGUGAAAAACAGUCCAAAGGACUGUUACACAAUAGUACAGAAAACUACAAUAAUUAUCAUGGAACGAAUACAGAGCGUCUUACAAAUGGAGUUAGUUUCACAGUCGUCUUCAGAAAAAAACCAAUACCACGAUCUACAAUCAUUACUUUGUGCUACACUACAGAGUGUAAUUCGAAAGAUGGAAUUGCAAGAUGCGUUACAGAUAUCAGACACUGUAAUGACGGUUUUAUUACAAAUGUUUAACAGUUCAAGUGGCAGGGCCGGUGGUGUGCAAGAAGAUGCCCUCAUGGCAGUUGGUACAUUGGUAGAAGUUAUUGGUACAGAGUUUAUUAAGUACAUGGAAGCAUUUAAGCCGUAUCUAGCUCUUGGAUUGAAAAAUUUUGUUGAAUACCAGGUUUGUCUCGCAGCUAUUGGUUUAGUUGGUGAUUUAAGUCGAGCUCUGGGGACCAGUCUCCUCCCGUACUGUGAUGAUAUAAUGACGCUGUUACUUGAGAAUCUUGGAAAUGACACUGUAAAUAGAACAGUAAAGCCGCAGAUUCUGUCUGUGUUUGGAGAUAUUGCCUUAGCUAUUGGGAAUGUGUUCAAAAAAUACUUGGAUAUUGUAAUGAACACACUGCAGCAAGCAUCACAAGCUGAAGUAGACAAGAGUGAUUACGACCUAAUAGAUUAUUUAAAUGAACUGCGAGAAGGAUGCUUAGAAGCAUAUACUGGUAUAGUGCAAGGGUUGAAAGGCGAUUCAGAUCCCAUUAAUCCUGAUGUACAGCUGAUCCAACCCCAUGUAAUGCAUAUGAUUAGCUUUAUUGAACAUAUUGCUCAAGACGAGGACCAUUCUGAUAGUAAUACAUCAGCUGCUGCUGGUCUCAUUGGUGAUCUAUGCACAGCAUUUGGUGCUAGUAUGCUACCUCUAGUGGAGAAAGCUAGUAUACAAGAACUGUUGCAGGAAGGUAGACGUUCCAAAACUAACAAAACUAAAACUCUUGCCACAUGGGCAACCAAAGAAAUCAGAAAGCUGAAGACUGCACAAUGAACCACAUGAACCUGGAUCAGUGUCGUGUUAAUCGAUAAACCCUACUGUGUAAGGAUGCUACUAUGGAUGCCAUCUGAAGACCAAGAAGGCAUAAAUGUGUGAUGAAUGCGUAUGACAGAGAGAGAGUGUGUGUGAGAACUCAUCAACAAAACUCAUUAAAUCAAUGUACAACUUUAUCCAAGAAGCAAUGUGGCUGUUGCAAACCCGAUUUAGUCGUUAUUAAAAAAAAAUUGACAUAUUUACAAAAUGGGCAGUUGUUGAAUUAGGCCAUGAAUUCCUUUGAUGUACAACUGUAUGUGUGACAGCAACGCUGCUUGGAUAGCAGUUCAUAUCUUAUUAGCAGUGUCUUGGGAACUCCAAAAAAACUGCUAGUAAUACCAUCCUUCAUUGUGUGGACGAAUGCAAGAGUGAAAAUUUCAGAAACCUAGUUUUUUUUUUUAGUUCUUUUUGUGUUGCCUUUCUUUCGUUCACGAAGGUGGCUCAAUACUUGAUCUGUUGUACUACAGGUCAUGGUUCAGAGGUCAAAGAUCGCAAAGCUGGUUGCACAAGCUUCACGAGUGAUGUAAAUAAAACCAUUUUGCAUUAAAGGUGCACACAAUGAUAAAUGCAACUUUCCUGAUAUAAUUCAUUCCAAAAAAUUGGCAGAAAAUCUACUUGCUGUGAAAAUGUCUCUUCCACCUCAAGAAAAAAAAAAAAAAAUUGUACAUUAUUCUGAGCCUCCCUUUGCAAGGUAUUGUGUAUAGUAUCGUGAAGGCUGUGGACUCGUGAUCUCUGAAUCAUUAUAGUUGUGUAUAGUCGGCAUAACGUCAUUGAAACUGUUCGCUGGAUGAGGACGCAGGAUUAUCAAUUGAUUUGUAAUUUUAAAAAUAACAUGAUUUCAUUGGUUUAUUUCACUGUGCUCAUUCUUUCAAUUCCCUUGAAUGUGCUCUUAAAAUAAGCAAAUGCACCAGGCUGGUUGUUGGACAAUGCCCGUCAGUAUAAUGACAGUAUCGAUGGCAUGUAUUUGACUUGCAAGAUUAAACCAGUUUCCAAUAGAUUAGCUGUCAAUCUUACUACUUGCACUGAUCCCCAAAAUGUAAUUGGUUGAUUGAAUUGCACUGUUCAGACUCUCACAGCACAUUCUAUGUGCUGAAAGAGUAUAAACUUGGUUGUAUUAUUUCAUCCAAAUAUUUCCGUAUUUGGGUCAACACAUCGUCUGCUGAACCCCUCCAUGGAUAAACCAAAAUCUACUUUCGGGAUCUUUUUCUAAAUAUUGCCGUACAUGAAACCUAUUAAUGCCAUAUUUGGAUAUCAAGUAUGCUAAUGAUUACUUGAUGACCAUAUAUGGUAGCUAGUUCUUUUUCAUACAGUAUAUUGGCUAGCUUUACAAAUGGAAUAUGCUAAUUUACUUGACAAUCCAAUAUGGCAUCAAUAUGCAAAUGACUGCCAUAAAUGGUAUUGAUAUGCAAAUGAUUGCCAUAUAUGGCAGUCAUAUGCAAAUGAACAUUUUGACCAUAUAUGGCAUCAAUAGGCUAAUGAUUACCUUGUAUGCUAAUGCAUUUAUAUCAUGCAUGGCAACAAAAUGCCUAAUACCAAAUACAACAUCAGUAUGCAUACAAGUUUUGCAUUAUAACCAUGCAUCAGCUUGUGAAAAUGGCCAAUCGUCACUUAUUUUAGAACAGAGGCACGAGUUGUCUGCUGAUACAAGUUAGUUGCGUAGUUCCCUCUAAUUGUUGCUAAUUGGUGCAAUUACAGGUACUGAAUAUUGCAGUGUGUAGGGGUAUUUUACUGGCGUUUUUAAACCUUGUCAUGUAUAGUAUUGAAUGACUAGUUGAGUCUUGAAUAAACCUUAAUUCCGCUGGAUUUUUGACAACUUCAUGAAAAAAAAAACUUCAUCUUGAAUAAGCUGUUACAUAAUGUGAAAAAGCACAUUAGAAAAGACCUAAACCAAAUUAAAGGCAGAAUUAAUGUUUAUUUGUGGUAUUGAACCUAAUCCCACAAUCACUAGGUUUGGUUUCUCUUGUUGCUAGGACACCAUAUGGGAUAAUGUUUAUUUUGUACUAUCACAGGGUUAAACUGCUAUAGAACUUGGUUCAAACUAUGAAAAAGAAAUGUGUCCACUUAUAAUUAAUUUGCUGAUCAUAAAUUCCAUCAUUCAACUUGAGAGAAUUUUUAAUCAGGUUUUCAAUAGCUGCUAUUCAAGGUAGUUGUUUUAGUGACAUCCUCUUGUAAAUCUCAACUCUAAAAUUGAUUUCACUCUUCAACUCUGUAAAUUGAGACAAUGCAAAAAUUACUCCCAGGCAGCUGACUGUAAACCUGACUCGUAUUGCAGCUGAUAAUGAAAUGUAAUGUAUUACGCCAUAUACAUAACCCAAUGACUCUUCUACAGUAAUAGUUGUGCGAGAAUUUGUCACUAAUUAUUAGCUUGGUGCUUUCCAAGGUCUGCAAGAUCUACAAAACUAAGAUGGUUGCGUUAUUGUACUUGCCAUGCAAUACUUUUUUCAGAUGUCUGAAAGUAGGUUGCCUUCACAUUGAACCAUUCUGGUUGAAUUUAGAAUUUCGCCCCCCACUGGUAUCUUUGCACCUUUCUGAAGUUUUGGCAUGCAUGAUAAUCUAUGAUUGCCUUCUGACCAGCACAAGUCACACAAUGCAAUUCAGUUGAUCAGUGUGGUGUUCAUUGAUCUUGGGCAUUUUUUGCUCACCUUGGAAGGCACAUAGAUUCUUGACUAACCCGUAAUCCGAUUGCCAGGACUACUGGCAGAAAACCAAUGUACUUUGCCAUCCACCACCCCCCAACCAACCUGGUGUAUUUCUGUAUACCGUAUGUUGAACACAACAUGCUGACUGGAACUUUUCAUCAUCUUCCAUGGGAAAUCCACAAAAAUCGAAAAAAGUAAUAUUCUAAACAUUUCAGGAAUUGCCACCACAUCAAAAGACUAUGCAUGUCAUGUACCGGUAUUUAAAUUUGUUUAGCUUGCCAGUUCGUAGAAGGUAUUAAUACCCAAAGAAUAAUUUGUGUAACGCGCACACACCUGCAUCUUGAUUUGUCAGUCUCGACCUUAUUCUGAAAUACUUUGGCAAGUUUCACUUGCCAAUUUACUAAUGUCACAUGUUCAUAUAAAUUAUAACCUGAUUAGCUAUAAAGUCCUUAAAUUUGUUACUUAAUGGUUUGGAUAACUUGUGGCUAAAGCCAAAUCUGGAUGUUUUACUGAUUGGUAACAACUAUUGCAUUUCAAUGUGCCGAUAUAUUUUUUUUGUUGUGGGGCAAUUCUGAGGUGUAUGCACACUGAUGUAAAAAAAAAAAAGAAAAAAUUCUCUGGGAGAUGGUGUUGCACUUUGUAUCAAUAAAUUGACACUUUGUUUCAUACAUAUAAAA